AUGUCGUACGCACCGACCUCAUACUAUGGCCAUUCGGUCAAAGAUCGAACAUCCGAGUUCCACGGCUUGGUCGAGUCGAUCGCCUCCAGAUCCGCACAACCAGCAAAGCAAAAGCUGUUGAAUCAAAAUGCGCCGGGUGCAUCGCCGAAAGGAGAAUUCGCUCGUCGAGCACAGGCUAUCGGCAAGGACAUCGCUUCGACCACCGCCAAAUUGCAGCGGCUUGCGCAACUGGCUCGCCGCAAGACGCUGUUCGACGAUCGACCGGUGGAGAUCUCAGAACUGACCUACAUCAUCAAGCACGACAUUGCUGCGAUCAACAAACAGCUCGCAGACCUGCAAGCAUUCAACAAAGCCAACAAGUCUGGCAAAGCAGCCGAUCGUACCGAGGAGCACCGAGGCAAUGUCGUCACCCUGCUCCAAUCCAAAUUGGCAGGAGCAACGACGUCGUUCCAAGACAUCUUGGAGGUCAGGACGCAAAAUAUGAAGGCGUCCAAGGAUCGAAGCGAGCAGUUCAUGUUUUCCAACUCUGCAGCAGGGAUGGCUCCGGGAGAGAAUUCAGAUUCACCGCUCUACAAUCCAACACGAACCGGAUCAGCAAUGGCCCAUCGAACCGCACCUUCACCACUCAACCCGUCAACACUGCAGCACUCGGCCUCCUCCGACGGCUACGACCCCAAAGGCAAAUCCAAAGCGGCUGACUCGGACUUUCUGGCGCUCGACAUGGGCAACUCCACCAACGGCGCCACCGCAGGAAGCGAACAGUACAUGCAGAUGCAGCUUAUGGACAACCAACAGAACAACUACAUGCAGCAAAGAAGCACCGCCAUCGAGUCCAUCGAAUCGACCAUCUCGGAGCUCGGUCAGAUCUUCAGCCAGCUGGCUCACAUGGUCGCCGAGCAGAGGGAGACGGUGCAGAGGAUCGACGACAAUGUGAUGGAGGUGGUGGAUAAUGUGGGAGGCGCGCAGAGGGAGUUGUUGAAGUACUAUGCGAGUGUCAGCAGCAACAGGUGGUUGAUGUUGAAGAUAUUUGGUGUGCUCAUUGUGUUUUUCUUGCUGUUCAUUCUCGUCUCUUAG